CAUAUGUGUUCAAAAUGUUACUUUAAAAGUGAUCAAUAAUCUUGAGAAUACUGAUGUUAAACAUGCAGAAAUUUUAUCGCUCAAGUAAAUCAGUUGAGAAGAUGAGAACUUACGUUAUGUAAACGAUUAAAUUAUCACCGAUGUUGUCCGACGAGAACCUAUAAGUGCGUUGUGUACGAUACGAUGCCGUAAUAGUUUCCCGACUUUAUAAUGGUGUGUAUAAAAUGAUAUAACCUCUUGUCUUCUGUUAUUAUACAUUAUAAGUGAAAAAGACUGUGUUAUAUCCAUAUAAAAUUAAUAUUGAGCAGUGAAAGCAAUUGUGUAUUAUAUCUUCAAAGAAUUUAAAGGAAUUGAAAGUUUUUCCUUGUCGCUCUGUCAUCCAGCACAUUUUCAGAAAAUUAUUACAGAAUCAAGUCAUACUCGUACCGGUAAUUGACAAAAACGUUAGAUAUUUGCUUGCAAAGUAUGAAGAAAAGUCAAAUUAAUUUUGUGAAUUUAAAGAGUUAAUAGUUUAACGAUGUAUCUACCAAGCAAGAUAUUUUAUUGUUUUAUAUUUUUAUUUCAUAUUUUGUCAUCUGAGUCUCAGGGAAAUUCUAUAAAAAACGAUAAGCAGUUGAAGAGUUCGACAGUGCGGGAUGAUCCUGAAAACUCUAUAAAAUAUCCAAAUGCAGACAAGAUCGAGUCAAUACGAUGCAAUUCAAGUGAAAAUGCUAUCAAGAAUGACGAAAUGCAAUAUAAGACCGAUAUUAAUUCAACAAAGAGCAAUAGAAAGAAUUCAAAACAAUAUGAGUCUCGCGAAUACAUCAAGACAGAUUGUGUAAAAAGUAAUCGGAUGGAAUUUGAUGUAAAUUCUACAGAGAUCAACGAUGCAAUGUUACGAGAAAUUGAGUAUUUUUCCAAGAUCGAAAACGAGAGAGAUUUCACAACGCAUGAAGACAGAAAUUCUAAUACGGACUAUAAUAUUAAAACCAUCAUUGUUCCAAAUGAAGCGUGUCACAAUGUGACUUGCAUUCAGUUCUGCUGUCCUUUUGAUAAUAAACUGUUGGUAAAGGGCAACUGCGUUGAAAAAGGAAACGGUAGUUUCUUUCUUCCAGACAUUUAUAAAUAUAAGAACGAUUCUGAGAAUAAAAUAAACCAAUUACUUUAUCUGACUGUCCGCGAUCCAUGCCUUUUACAAGGAUUUGGACGCCGUCUACUUGAUUCCGAAACAUACAAGUUUCUCAUCGACGGCUCUUUAUAUUACCAAAAUGCUGACACACUCAUUUUACCGACGUCCUACUGCUUUGCCAUCUUGGGUCGAGACAUUUAUGAUGUGAUUGUCUGCAAUAAUAAGAAUAAACUUCCGAUAUACGUAAUCGCGUGUCUCCUAGUGUCUUUGCUAUUUCUGCUAUUGACAUUCAUAAUAUAUUCCAUAUUGUCGGAGCUCCGAAACAUGCAUGGUUAUACAUUACGUGCACACGUUGCCUCAUUAUUUAUUACGUAUGCAAUUAUGUAUUUUGGUCACCAAAAUAUUGGAUUAGCUCUUGACGAAACAUUUUGCAUUUUAUUGGCUUAUAUUUUUAAUUUCUUUUUUUUGUCGAGCUUUUUUUGGCUAAGUGUAAUAUGCUUCGACAUUUGGUCAACAUUCAGAGAACUCCGUUCAUGUCGAGCAAAUGUAAAGGAAGAGAAAAAAAAGUUUAUGAUAUAUUCGAUCUAUGCGUGGGGAAUUCCUGUGAUCCUUAGCAUUAUCUAUGCUAUUAUAGAUUAUGUUAAAAUACCAAAUUGGAUCCGGCCGGAAAUGUGUGAGAAAAAAUUUUGGUUUAGUAACGAUCGAGCAAAAACAAUAUAUUUUUAUGUACCUAUAGGUGCUACUGUUAUCAGUAACAUUUGUUUUUUCAUCGCCACAACAGUAACAAUUACGCACCAGAAUAAACGUACAGCUAAGAAACUAAGAGACUCAGAAAGUAAGCGCAAUAAUGAAAAUAAGCAGAGGUUUAAUAUGUACCUGAAACUGUUCAUAGUGAUGGGAUUAUGGACAUCUUUAACCUUUGCUAUGGAUACAAUAGAGCGGUUGGUCGAUGCCAAUUUUUUGCCAAUAGCAGUUUGGUAUUUCUUUGAUAUAAUAUAUGGUUUGCAAGGUCUUAUUAUUUUUAUCGCAUUUGUGUGUACAAAAAAAAUAAAGCAACUGUUGGGAAAACAAUACGGCGGGCAGAAUUGCGGUUUAUUUGAUAAAAUUCGAACGUACAACAAGACCACGGUACCAAAUACUACUUCCACAUCAACGCCAGGGACUGUAGUCAUGCAAGAUGUCGGUCCAUCUAAUCAACAGCUAAAUUUGCAGACGGAAUGUAAUUCUACUCGUAGCACUAAAAUGUAAAAGAGAAGAAUUUUAUUAGCAGAAUUAAUAAUUAAUCAGCCAAAGAUUGAUCUUGCAUUAUUAUUAAUGUAUCUUAUUGCUUCUUUUGAACAACAAUAUAAUACAUACGUUUU